GCGCCCCGAGGAGAGGGCGCCCCGCGCCCCGCGCUGCUGAGCGCCGCCGCAGCAGAUCACCCAUUCAAAGUUUGAUGGUGGUGGUAAGCCAUGGCGGCAGAUGAUAAAGUUGCUAUUUUAACUGAUGAUGAAGAGGAGCAGAAGAGAAAAUACGUGCUUGCUGACCCCUUUAAUGGUAUUUCCAGGGACCCAGAUCCACCCUCAAAUGAAACACCCUCCUCCACAGAAACAUCUGCUAUUCCUGAGGAGGAAAUAGACUGGAUAGAAAAACAUUGUGUUAAAAUAAACAAUGAUCUUCUCAUUUCCAAGGUUUUUUAUUUUUUCUUUUACUCUGCCUAUGGCUCUCUUUACCCACUUUUGCCUGUGUAUUAUAAGCAGCUUGGAAUGUCACCAAGCCAGAGUGGACUACUUGUAGGUAUUCGAUAUUUUAUUGAAUUCUGUAGUGCCCCAUUUUGGGGUGUUGUUGCAGAUCGCUUCAGAAAAGGCAAAAUUGUCCUCCUCUUUUCACUUUUGUGUUGGGUUUUGUUCAACCUGGGUAUUGGAUUUGUCAAACCUGCUACCUUGAGAUGUGUACCAAAGAUUCCCCCAACAGCUCGCCCCACCAACGCAAGUCAUCCAGUAACCAUCCUGCCAAUGAAUUCCUCUGCUGUCUCUUUCCUUACCAUGUCACCAAAAAUACGUGAGAAAAGAAACAUGCCUCCUUCCAACUGGUCCACAGUAGAAGCCGAGCCUGACAGCAUAGUUCCUGAUAUCUAUACAACAGCUUUGCCCAAGACCAGUGAGCCCACCCUACAGCCCCAAACAGAGGGCAUUACUGACCAUAUUAUAGAACUGAUCUUGAAUGCAAGCACAACAAUCCCUGUCCCCACAGGAAACGUCACCAGGGAGACAACCACUGCUAUUGUCACUACCACCAAAUCUUUACCAUUGGACCAAGUCACUCUUGUCUAUGAUCAGCAGGAAGUUGAAGCAAUAUUCUUGGUGAUCUUGGUAGUUGUCAUUAUAGGAGAAUUUUUCAGUGCCUCUUCUGUAACGAUUGUGGACACGGUGACACUACAGUAUCUGGGAAAACACAGAGAUCGCUAUGGAUUGCAGCGCAUGUGGGGCUCCCUGGGCUGGGGCUUGGCGAUGCUGUCUGUAGGUAUUGGAAUUGACUAUACUCACAUAGAAGUGCUCAUUGAUGGAAAGGGAUGUAAGCCCCCCGAGUACCGGAACUACCAGAUUGUCUUCAUCGUCUUUGGAGUUCUCAUGACCAUGGCCUUGAUUGUGGCUACUCAGUUCCGGUUCCGCUACAACCACUUUACAAACAACGAGAGUAAAGGGAAAGAGGUAGAGAUCCCUCAGGUAGAAAGGAACAACUCCACGGAGUCCUCUGAGGAGACACCCACCACCACCAGCCACUCCCAGGCCUUCAACUUCUGGGACUUGAUCAAACUUCUCUGCAGCGUGCAGUAUGGCUCAGUGUUGUUUGUGGCUUGGUUUAUGGGUUUUGGAUAUGGCUUCGUGUUCACCUUUCUUUACUGGCAUUUGGAAGAUCUGAAUGGAACGACAACCCUGUUUGGAGUGUGUUCAGUCCUGAGUCACGUGUCUGAGCUGACAGCUUAUUUUUUCAGUCACAAGCUUAUCGAAUUGAUUGGCCACAUCAGGGUUCUGUAUAUUGGCCUGGCCUGCAAUACGGCUCGCUAUAUUUAUAUUUCCUAUCUGGAAAAUGCCUGGACUGUGCUCCCCAUGGAAGUUCUUCAAGGAGUGACACAUGCGGCCAUCUGGGCAGCAUGCAUUUCUUACCUCAGUGCUGCUGUUCCCCCUGAGCUGAGGACAUCUGCCCAGGGCAUCCUGCAGGGCCUUCACCUGGGUCUGGGGAGAGGUUGUGGUGCCAUGAUCGGAGGCGUGUUAGUCAAUUACUUUGGGGCUGCUGCAACCUUCCGAGGAAUUGGCAUGGCCUGCCUGGUGAUCCUCCUGCUGUUCGCCUUGAUCCAGUGGCUGGCAGUGCCAGAUGAAGAAGAAGAUAAGACAAUGUUGGCGGAAAGGAUUCCUGUUCCCUCCAGUCCUGUUCCCAUAGCAACCAUUGACUUGGUACAGCAACAGACAGAAGAUGUCAUGCCGCGCACUGAGCCCAGGCUUCCACCCAAGAAAACCAAGCACCAGGAAGAACAAGAGGAUGUGAACAAACCAGCCUGGGGGGUCAGCUCCUCUCCCUGGGUGACCUUUGUCUACGCACUCUAUCAAGUUAAAGAGUUGAUACAACUGACCAGAGACAACCGUGCUUCUGAGAUACAGCCUUUGCAGGGGAUCAGUGAGAAUCGGGAAACUUCUCCAACUGGUGAAGCCCAGCAUGUCCCACGUGAAACUCACUCCGACCCACCUAGGAACCAGCCAUCCCCUGACACAGCAGCAUCUCAGACGCAGACCAGCCCUGCUCCCCGCAGUGGGGCCCCUGGAGUGGAGGCAGGUGAGGAACAGCGGGCUCAGACUGCCACUGCAGGACCCUGAGAACAGCCUCCUCAUCUCUCACCUUGCAUGGACUGGGCUCCUCCUGUGGGACACCAGAAAGCGCAGCCCCCAACCCAGAACAUGCCUCUCCAUACACUCUAAAUAGCUAAACUCAUCAUCAUGGAAACACAACACACAUGUGAGCUACAGUACAUGUAGGCAGGAAAAGGGAAGUUUCCACAGUUCCACUGGAGUUAAGGGAAGCAGCAUUUAGGAAGGGCUCUGAGUUCUUUGAGUUAUAGCAACGUGCAGGUGCGGGAAAGGUAGAAGCCACAGUUUACACUAAGUAGAGGGAACCAGAGGAUUUCAUGGUGGAGACUGGUAUAAUUUCCCUCUUCUGAUUAUUUAUUCUGAUUAUUGGGUUCUCAAUACAAACUGGGAAGAGUACAUGUAUAAUUUUGUGUCUGUUGAAAGGAACCAUUUAAAACUUGUAAGAUAUAUUUAAAAAGUAGCCAGAUAAGUUAGCAGUACAUAUGCUUUUUUAAGUUAAAAACUUCACAAUAAAUUUUACAUAUCUCUAGCAAAUGUAUUUUUAUAUAUGUAUGGUAUGUAAUGAAACCAGUCAACUCUAGGAGCAAAAAAAAGCUGUUACUGACUACUGCAAGCUAAGUUGAGCUUUCAAGCUUAAGUUGGGUUUUAAGAAUGACCAGAAAUGGGGGAAUAUUU